UGUUGUGCCGCACGCCCACGCGCGUCCCUUUACCUUCGGAAAUCGAGCAUCGUUCUUGCCUCGUGUGUGCCUCUAAAUGCCAUUUCCUGUCGUAUUUAGUCGAAUCAACGCGUCCUCGGCUCGUGUUCGAAGAUAAAAGUGGAAGCUGCAAGAACGUUUAGAGGAAUCUUUCGAUCGUGCCCAUAUUCCGUGCGGUUGCAUCCUCCUUCCAUUCUUCGCGAUACACAGUGCACUGACCCUACGCGCGUCGUGGCGUCUUCGAAACUUUUUUAACGAUACGAUCGAAGAAAUUUUUUUUCUCGCCGUUCCCUUUUGCGACAAUUGACCGACGUGCAUUUCAGUGUGGAUAGAUUCUCCCGUAGGAGCCAUGAGUUACCAAAUGUCUUCGAAUCAAUCCAGACCAAUGUCUCAUGGAAAUUAUCAAGGUUUGGGUGACAUGCCCAUGGGAUCUGCCAAAGAACAAACUCUAAUGUGGCAACAAAAUUCAUACAUGGGUGAUUCAGGAAUUCAUUCUGGUGUCGUUACUCAGGCACCAUCCUUGUCUGGCAAGGAAGAUGACGAGAUGGAAGGAGACCAGUUGAUGUUCGAUUUGGAUCAGGGAUUUGCUCAGGGUUUUACACAGGAUCAGGUUGACGAAAUGAAUCAACAAUUAAAUCAUACCAGAUCUCAGCGCGUUCGUGCAGCCAUGUUUCCAGAAACACUGGAAGAAGGUAUAGAAAUUCCUUCUACUCAAUUUGAUCCUGCACAACCUACGGCUGUACAGAGAUUGGCAGAGCCAAGUCAAAUGUUAAAACAUGCUGUUGUCAACUUGAUAAACUAUCAAGAUGACGCAGAUCUAGCGACACGUGCAAUACCAGAAUUAAUUAAGUUGUUAAACGACGAGGACCAAGUUGUUGUGUCUAAAGCGGCGAUGGUCGUCCAUCAACUUUCAAAGAAAGAAGCAUCGCGUCAUGCUAUCAUGAAUAGUUCUCAAAUGGUAGCUGCAUUAGUACGUGCCAUUUCGAAUAGUGACGAUUUGGAAUCAACGAAAGCCGCGGUUGGCACGUUGCAUAAUUUAUCUCAUCACAGGCAAGGCUUGUUGGCUAUUUUCAAGAGCAGUGGCAUACCGGCUCUCGUAAAGCUCUUAAGCUCCCCGAUGGAAUCUGUCCUAUUUUACGCCAUAACGACUCUCCAUAAUUUAUUAUUAUAUCAGGAUGGAUCCAAAAUGGAUGUUCGUCUUGCCGGGGGUUUACAAAAAAUGGUUGCUCUACUUCAACGAAAUAACGUAAAAUUUCUAGCCAUAGUAACGGAUUGUUUACAAAUUCUUGCAUUCGGUAACCAGGAGAGCAAGUUAAUAAUAUUAGCUUCUCAAGGACCAAUAGAGCUAGUACGUAUUAUGCGUUCGUACGAUUACGAGAAGCUUCUGUGGACGACGUCAAGGGUCUUGAAAGUGUUGUCCGUUUGUGCUAGCAAUAAACCGGUAAUAGUUGAAGCUGGUGGUAUGCAAGCGCUCGCGAUGCACCUCGGUAAUCCGAGUCAGAGACUCGUCCAGAAUUGUUUAUGGACGUUAAGAAAUUUAUCGGAUGCUGGCACCAAGGUUGACGGAUUGGAAGGACUGUUACAAAGUCUCGUACAAGUUCUCAGUUCUACCGACGUGAACGUCGUCACGUGUGCCGCUGGUAUCUUAUCAAAUCUCACUUGCAACAAUCAACGCAACAAAGUAACGGUAUGUCAGGUGGGAGGUGUCGACGCCCUUGUGCGUACCAUCAUUUAUGCGGAUAGUCGGGAAGAAAUCAGCGAACCGGCGGUGUGCGCGCUUCGUCAUUUGACGUCGCGUCACGCGGAAGCAGAAAUGGCACAAAAUUCAGUCCGCCUAAAUUAUGGAAUUCAGGUCAUAGUGAAACUUCUUCACCCACCUUCGCGUUGGCCACUCGUUAAAGCGGUUAUAGGAUUAAUUCGCAACUUGGCUCUUUGCCCUGCAAAUCACGGCCCACUUCGCGAUCAUGGCGCGAUUCAUCAUCUGGUUAGGCUCUUGAUGCGUGCUUUCCCCGACACGCAACGGCAGCAACGAUCGUCCGUGGCGAGUACCGGAAGUCAACAAACGGAUGGCGGAAUUCGAAUGGAGGAAAUAGUGGAAGGCACGGUGGGUGCGCUUCAUAUUCUCGCGAGAGAAUCGCACAAUAGGGUCAUCAUCAGAUCUCAAAACGUGAUUCCAGUUUUCGUACAGUUGUUGUUUAACGAAAUCGAGAACAUUCAACGCGUAGCAGCUGGAGUACUUUGUGAACUAGCCGCUGAUAAGGAGGGUGCUGAGAUGAUCGAACAGGAGGGUGCUACUGCUCCUUUAACGGAGCUCCUUCAUUCUAGAAACGAAGGAGUUGCCACUUACGCGGCAGCCGUGUUAUUCCGUAUGAGCGAAGAUAAGCCACAGGAAUACAAGAAACGGCUGUCCAUGGAGCUGACGAACUCGUUGUUACGCGAGGACACGAACCUCUGGAAUAACGCUGACUUCGGAAUGGGUCCAGAUCUACAGGACAUGCUUGGCCCUGAUCAAGGCUAUGAUGGUAUGUAUGGACAAGGACCCCCUAGCGUACACAGCAGCCACGGAGGUCGAGGGUAUCAGCCACAAGGUUAUGACCAGAUACCAGUAGAUUCGAUGCAAGGGUUGGAAAUAGGUGGAGGGUCGACAUAUGGCGCGAUGGACACUAUGGACGUAGCGCACGAGGGUGACCUGAGUUUCGAUCAUUUGGAGGAGCUUCCUGCACCGCCGCAAGAUAACAACCAGGUUGCAGCCUGGUACGACACCGAUCUCUGAAACCGUGCCAGCACCAAAAUCUCGCCAGAGAUACGGACUCGUGAGGCUCUUAAGUAAUUUCAGUACAGACUAGUAUUCUCGUUUUACUCUCACCCUGUUAUCGAUCUAAACUCGAAAGAACUUUGACGAAGAACCGUGGAACAAGAGGUUCCUAGAGUAACCGUAAGGUAGAAGAAAUCGUACACGAGUAUACAGAAUAAGUCACCGCGGAUGGGAUAUAUAAAUCGUGCCUCUUUGUGGAUUGCCAGCAAAGAAACGCGGGGACGAUGAAGUUGAAUGAUUUAUAUUUUUUCACGAUCGAAUUUUUGAGAAACAUUCAUUCAUUUCUAUUUCAGUUUUUAUUUUUUAUUUUUAAAUCAGGACUGUACGUAUUUCUUUAGGCGGGUCAGUUUACUUCGCACUCUGCUUACAAAAGUAUUAGGGUAAGACUGUUUGAAAAAUCAACUUGGUAUUAUUUUAUUCUUUUUAAACUUAUUAUUUAAGAAAAGCUACUCGUAAGAACAUUCGAACAUAUUAUAUAGAGUAAACGAUGGUUGAAUCGUUCAGCAUUUCCCUUUAUCAAUUUUUUUUUUUUUUUCUCUACUU